AACACAAUUCGACAAUCACAAAGUACACUUCAAACAAACCACACAAGACAAAAUGCAGCAUCAUAACUUCAGCUUCUUCUUGCUUGGAUUACUCGUUUGCAGCGCUGCUGCACAGUUUUCCGGCACUUUAGGCUCGAAUCCCAGAGGUGGCAAUGACUUCAAUCUCAACUUAGCAAGAUCUUUUGGUAAUCAACGCACCAAUGCGGGCGGCGGCGUGUUUGCAAACGGUAAUACGCUUGGCGGACCAGUGACAACGGGCGGCUUUUUGGCAGCAAAUAGAAAUGGUCACGGCGCUGGUUUGGAAUACUCGAAGACACCCGGUUUCGGCUCAACCUUCUCGCAGAACGCACACGCCACCAUACUGGAACGCAAUAAUCACAAUUUGGGCGCGAAUGCCUUCCACAGUCGCACAAAUAUGGAUAAUGGUUUUAAAUUCAAUAAAUUUGGCGGCGCUGUGACUUACGAUCAUGCCAAUGGUCACUCGGCUUCGUUGGGUGCUUCACGCAUACCACAGCUCAACAUGAAUACCGUUGACUUGGCGGGCAAGGCGAAUUUAUGGCGCUCACGGGAUAGAAGUAGCACGCUCGAUCUCACCGGCGGCGUCUCGCGAAACUUUGGCGGUCCUUUUGAAAACAAAUGGAAUAAGAAUAUUGGUUUGGGCCUCACGCAUAGAUUCUGAAGUGUUUAAAUUCACUUAUUUGUAGUAUUUAUAUUAGUAUAAAAAAUAAUAUGAGAAUAAAUAAAGCCUAAACAUUUAGAAUAAAUUAAA